AUGUCGUGGACUAAGCGGCCACAGGGCGGCACGGCUCCGCCGUCAGGAGCCGAGCGGCAGCCCUAUAUCGCGCCUCAGGCACAGACAUUUGGAAAUCAAGAGAACAUGUUCCCAAAUUAUCAAGGUGGUGCACCUGGGACACUACAGCAACAGCAGCAGUUCUGGCAGAUGCCUACUCAGCAGCAGCAACAACAGCAACCGCAACCGCUAUACAACCAGCAAUACGGUCAAGGGUACCAGCAACAAGACUAUCCAACGAAUGCUAAUCAGUUUUAUACACAACCAAAUACAUACAAUAAUAUGAAUUAUACUAACCAAGGAUUCAACAAUAGCCAACAAGUAAGAUAUCCGCAACAAAAUUAUUACCAAAACCAAGGACAUGAAAGUCAAGGUCAACCACAACAAUUUUCACAACCUAGGCAAAAUUUGGACCGUUGGGAGGAUAAUUGGGACUGGGGAUGGGGGGAUGACACAUCAAAGCAAGCUCAGAAGCCACCUCAGAAUCCAGGCCAAACUGAGCCUACCCCUUCUCAACAACCAGUUUAUAAUAAUGCCAAUAUUAUAGAAGAAAGUUUUGCCGCAACGGAUGGUAAUUGCUGGAACUGGGCAAUGGAUGAUAAGAAGGGGUCUAAAGAAACUACUCCUAUUAUUACUCAAGAAUCUGCUACAUUGCCUAUUUCCAAUCCUCUACAAGAAAAUAAUACAAUGCCUGAGGCUGUAGCUCCAGCAAGUACAAACUAUAUCCCAACUCAACAAGCAGAGGAAGUAAGAACUUUAAAUGACAGAGAUGCUGUAAAGGAACGUCUUCCAAAUUUAGCUCUUGGCAAACGAUUUCAUUUGGAAAAUUUAACACCUCAGUGGUCCAUAGAAUCACAAAUGUCCCAGGAAUCUAGUGAUGGCCUUCAUACUCAAUCAGAAGGAACAUAUAGAAGUGAGAAUCAAUCAAGAAAUUCUAGUAAGAGCAGUCCAGGUCUCAAUACAGACAAUUCUAAUUUUAAUUAUUCACAGCCUGGGUUAGAUGAGGGCUUUGCACAAAAUAGCGAAUGGUCAAGACCUUCAGAUGAUACUACUUUAGCUGAUAACACUCAGAGUAGCAGCAGAAGAGAGAGCCAUGAUGAGUUAUCAAGUUCUAUGCAAGAGAUGAGUUUGGCUAAUCAUGAGAAGCCUUCUACAGACAACUCACAUCCUCCUCAUGAAGCUGCACCUAUAUAUGUUCAAGAACCAGUACCAGUAGCCCAACCACCACCUGCUGCAUCACCAGCAAGUUUCCCUGCACCUUUGGCUGCAACAGUUUUACCGCAAAUGACACCCGCUAUGCCACCUCCUCCCCCUGUUUCAACAGUGCCCCCACCUUCAAGUACAUCAUCAUUGGCCUCGGCCCCAUUGCCUUUAAAUACAUCCUCAUUGGAAGCAGUGCCACCACCUCCGUCUUCUGGGGUGCUUCCUCCUUCAUCUUCUGUUUUGCCUCCUCCACAGUCUUCUACAAUUCCCCCUCCUAAUUUCCCUCCUUCUUCAACCUCGAAUCCUUUCAAGCAUGCAGGACCAUUCUCACAUAGGAGUUUACCUAAGGGUUCUCCAAGUACUCCCUCUCUACAGACAUUCCCUACACAAAUAGGCAGUACAAAUUUGACCUCUCCAGCUGCUGUGAGUAAAGUUUCACAGCACAGUAGAGUUCCUGUAGGAUUUGAGGCGAAUUUAGAAACAACUCCUGACAACUCAGAACGCCCAGAUCAGCCACAAGUGUCUGCAUUCAGGCCGACUCCUGUCUCACAACAGCUACCUGAUAAUAUGGAAGUGGCACCAAGAAAUGACAGAAAUGAGUAUUUGCAAACAGCGCAUCUGUCGAGUGGUGACUUCGGCGAAAAUACAGACUUCAGUAGAGGUGUACCCCCCGGGUUGAGGCGAAUGGUGGUAGGUCAACAAGAACCCGAAUACAGUCAAAACUUAAAUAUUUCUGGUGAUGAGCCACCACCCGGCUUGGCUAGAAUGGUGCCUGGUCAACAAAAUGAAGUUGAAAAUAGUUAUAAUCAACCAGGUGACAAUUAUCUAGAUCGUCAUAUCGAUGGGCAAACAACUGACAGUGGCUCCCGCCCGUAUAGGCAAGCUGACGGUCAACAAACACCUGACAAUUAUACACAACCAAAUCCCAGUAGGGUAACAGAGAGAAGACCUAUUGGACUGGACAGGAUGGUACCAGGAGAACCCAGCAAUGACGAGUAUUCCCAGUACCAAGGUCCAACCUACACAGGUACAAAUGAGCAUCGCGUUGUGACUGGCGUGGACCAUGAUUUUUCGAUACCAACAGAUGCUGGUCCUCCAGACGUGAGAGAACAGAAUGUAGACGGUUCUGAUUACACUGAACAAAGCUCGAGAAAUCCACCAAGAAAUGUAAUUGGAGCGAGAGAGUCCAGCACCAAUGCAUCGCCCGACUUUACUGCUCAAGCUGAGCAUCCCGAACAGAUGAGGGAAGUUACUAUGGAUGGGGAAAACUUACAAGAUUUGAGUAUUAUAUCAUCUAACGAAUUGACCUUCUCACGGUUUUCGGAGCCAGUCCUCGAUGGUGCCAACGUCACACACACUGACGACAGGAAAACAGACUUAUCUGAUUCUAUUGAGCACCAGGUCUCAAGUUCAAGACGACAAUCUCUGAAUAGAGUGAAUACAUCUGGAGAGGAUUCAGAGAGAGACAGAGCGUUCAAAGCAUCGCCACGUAGGGAUAGAGACAAGCAUAAAUCGACGAGAGACCGCGAUCGAGACAGGGACCUCGGUCCAGGGCGAGACAGAGAUAGGGAUCGCGAAAAGGACGGAAGAUAUUCUAGAGGAGAUAGAAAGUAUGAUCCUGAUAGAAGAUCUAUGAGAGAUGACAGGCGUACGGAGAAGGACAGGCGGGACAGAGACGGCUACCGAGAUCGACGGGAACGGGAUGAAAGUCCAAACACACGGCGCCAGCGUCGUAGCACCCGCAGUCACCGCUACGAGCCUGAGGAGAUUGAUUACUACAGUGACAGGGAGAGAGAUCGAAGGCGCCAUCGCGAAGGAUCGUACACAUCGACUAAACCGCCGCGACCGGAAGACAAGGACCGACGGUAUGACGAGCGAGACCGCAGCAAGCGAUACAAUACGAUAGAGCGAGACAGGCGAUACGAGGACGAACGGGAGCCACGCCGCCGCAGCGACCGUUACCGCGAACGGGACCGGUACGAGCGCGCCUACCGGGACAUCGACCCCACCAGGAAGUACGGCAACCUGAGGAAGCAGAGGGAGAAAGAUGAAAGGAGAGGUGAAUUCUCGUCACCAUCCCGUCCCGACUCCCGGGGCGAGGCGACGGCGACCGACGACGACGGAACGGAGUCACGCCGACGCGACCGACGAUCCAGACGCACUGCGGAGUCCUUCUACGAUGAGUACGGCGCGUACGCAGACCCGUACCUGGCGCAGCGCCAGCAGUACCAGCAGUACUACGAGCAGCUGCGGCUCACCAACCCCGCCGCCUACAUGGCGCUGUUCAUGCAAAGCAAGCAGAUGAUGGCCGGCCACGCCCCUCAAGUUGCGCAGGACUACCGCACACCCCUGCAGCCUACACCCAUGUAUGGCGACGAGUUUAGCAGUUUACCGUACGAGGGACGGCAGGAGCGCGGCAGCGUGCACUCGGGCCGCUCCAGCACCACCGGCCUUAAAGGAAAUGACACGUACUACGGCAUGUACCGCCACGACGUCGGCCACGCCGCCUCCCUGAGGGACGCGCCCUCGCUCCGCACUGACCUCUCCGACAGGGACCUGAACACCGACAUGUCGCUGAACCUUCACCUGGAGGAGUCGACGGUGCGCUCGGAGAGGAUGACACCAUUCAGAUAUUCCACCGCACACAUCAAGGGCAGCAUAUCGUCCCGCGACGUGGUGGUGGUGCGUCCGUCGUACCCGGUGGACGGCGUGCCCGCCACCGUGCACGUGGUGUCGCUCGCCGCGGCGCUGGCGCACCACCCGCUCGCCGCCGACCUCGCCGCCUUCCCCGGACCGCUCGUCAAAGGUGUGACCCACAAGAAGAGUGUAAUCGACUACUGCAGCGUGCGCAUACGCAAUGCCAAACAGGAGGGCGCGCGUGACGUCACGGGCUACGUGCUCGUGUGGGACCUGCUCGCUCUCAUGCUGCGACAGAACGGGGUGGUGGUCGGAUCUGAUAUAGCGGAGUUGUUGAUGAAGAACACACGGGAAUAUGAAUAUAAACCGGCAGGCAGUAGGACACAUAAUGAGAGUCGUCGCGACUCGUCGGAUUCGUGCGAAAGAGGCGAGGGGCGUGAGGACGAGCGUUCCUCCUCUCCCGAGCAGCCUUCGCUCUCUGUCUCCGAGAACAUAAACCUAGAGUCGGCGAGCGUGUCCUCUGAAGCGGCGCUGGACAAGUUGCGAGAGCUGCUCACCUACGGGAACCGGCAGGAGGCGCUCGAGUGCGCGAUGAGCGGGUCGCUGUGGGGCCACGCGCUGGCGCUGGCGGCGCACGGCGAGCGGCGCGCGCGCGCCGCCGUCACGUCGCGCUUCCUCGCCGCGCUCCCGCGCACCGACCCGCUGCACACGCUCUACGCCGCGCUCGGCGCCGCCACGCCGCCCGCCGCCACCUGUGUAGCGGACGACCGGUGGGGCGACUGGCGACCCCACGCAGCCAUAGUCCUGUCCAACCCGUCCUCCAAACCUGAACAAGAUCGGCGAACUCUCACGCAAAUGGGUGACAGCCUGAACUCGCGAGGGCUGGUGUACUCGGCUCAGUUCUGCUACCUGUCGGCGGGCGUGCAGUUCUCGCGCCACCCCAUGGCCCCCCUGCAGGCUCCGAGCGCGGAGGGCGCGGGCGCUAGCGUGGCGCCGCCGCGCUUGGCGCUGCUGCUGGGCGACUCCCGCGCCACCACGCUGCAGCAGCUCGCCACCAACAGGGCUAUCUUCGCCACUGAAGUGUAUGAAUACGCACUGUCCUUAACUCAGGACGACUUUGUCAUCACCGAGUUACAGGCGUACAAGCUGGUGGUGGCGUGCCGGCUGGUGGACUGCGGGCUGUACGAGCGCGCGCUGGCCUACACCGAGGCGGCGGCGCGCGCCGUCACGCGCAGCCCCGCGCUCUACGCGCCCGCGCUCGUCGCGCGCCUCGCGCACCUCGCCGACAGGUUGAAGUAUCACGACCCCGCGCUCCAGGAGAACCCGCCCCUGAUGGAGGACCCGGACAGCGAGGAACCGUCCCCUAAACACCACCAACAGUGGCUCGAUGACGUCAAGAACGUGGCGCAUAUGCUCACCGCGGAGAGCGCGGCGCAGGCGUCGACGCAGCCCUCGCCCGCGCACCACGAGUACUUCGCGCCGCCGCCUGCCCCAUCCCAGCACCCCCUUCAACCCCCGCUCCCCGCGCAGCAGUACGGCUGGGCGGACCAGCACCAGGCGUCUCAGUACCAACAAGUACCGGUACCGACGUACACCGAGCCUCCUCUCGAGGACAAGACUGACUACUCCGCCCAGUACUACACUCAGCCGCCCCAACACUCGCAGCAACAGCAACAGCAGCAGCAACAGCAGCAACAGCAGCAGCAGCAGCAACCACAGCCGCCGAUCGACGACCAGUACCAGUACGGACAGUACGAGGAGUGGCCGAGAGCGGAGGAGCAGCACCAGCAGUACGCCGACCCCUACUGGCAAGGCGAACACUCCUACGGAGGAUACGGAGAGCGCGCCACGGCCCGCCGCCCGCGCCCCGCCGACGCGCUGGAGCUCGUGCAGUUCCAGCGCUCGCCGGGCCUGCGCCGCCGCCUGCUCCCCCGCCGCGCCGGCGCCGAGCCCGCCCCGGCCCCCGCCCCGGCCCCCGCCCCGCGCCCGCACCGAGCCCGCGCCGAGCCGCGGGCGCCGCUGUCCGACCUCGACGUGCAGAUCGCACACAGCCCGGGGCCCGCGACGCCCCGGGCCCCGAGCGGCGCGGCGUCGCCGGUGCCCUACGCUCGCGCGCCCCCCGCCGGCCGCCUCAUUUGCAACACGGUGGACUCGUGGGCGCGGCGGACCGUGGUGCGGGAGGGCGCGUACAAACCCCUAGUGUUCGGCGGCACGUACCCCAUCGACGAGCCGGCCUCCCCUCCCGAGGAGCGCGCCUCGCCCCCGCGCCGCCCGCCGCUCGACGACGAGGAGCACCGGCGCCGGCUGCGGCGGACCGUCGAGCAGAGUCUGGACAAGUUCGAGGCGAUAUUGGCGCGGCGCCGGGCCGCCGGGGUCAGGGCGGUGGACACUUUCGACAUCGACGAGCCCGUGGCGCGGGGGGGGCCGCUGCCCGUCAUCCGGGAGCGGGACGCCAAAUACUACGUGGCGGGCCCGAAGACUUUCGACAUCGACGAGCCCGUGUCCUUCAUAUAG